AUGCACGGGGCCCUACUGGUCACCGGCAUCCCGGAGGGCCUGGAGGAGGCGGCCGUCGAAGCCUUCCUGCCCCCCACCCCCACCCGCACGUGCAGGCUGUGCAACACUAGGGCCGCGAGGGACCAGAAGGCCGAGCCCGCGGUGGAGUUUGCGGAGGCCAUAAAUCAUGCCUCCGUGCCCACACAGAUCCCGGGCAAGGGCGGCGUCCGGAAGGUUCUGUGUCACGACCGCGUGGAGGACACAAGGGUCCUGAGGCAGAUGAAAGGCCUGCUGCUGGAUGAGAGGCCCUCGGAGGAGGCCGCCAAGGAGCUCAGGAAGGAGUGGACCCUGCAGAGCGACGCGGGCAGAGGAGCGGGUCCCCGUGAGUUCUUGGCCCUGGUGAGGACGGACAAAGCCAAGCAGGAGCGGGCGGGGGCAGAGCCGGGGGGCGAGGCCCUCAGCCUCCACAGCGAGAAGCCCCGGCGUCCAGGGGGGUGCGACCCGGCUUUAGUGGUCCUGCUGGCGGUGAGAGACACGUGGCAGCAGGAGCCCAGGGACAGCGACGCUCCCGAAAGCCAGUCACAGCGAAACGGGGAGGCAGGAGACGAGAGGGUGGACAGUCCCGAGUUUGUGGCCAUCGCGGCCUGUGCGGACCCGUGGGCCCCGUGGGCCCGUGGCGGGGGGGAGAUGCUGAAAGUCGCUUGGGUGAGGGAGUCACUGGGCUGGAGCGACAAGCGAGGCCAGACAGAGGCCCUCCCCGCGGUCUUGCCCGUCCCGCGCCGGGACACUCGGGGAGCCCGCGAGAAGGUGGACGAGGCGGGCCGCUGGGUGGACGCCGUGGUCCUGCGGAAGGCCGCGGGCCGCGGGAGCCGCCGGGAGCGCAUUUCCAGCCUGGCCGAGCCCGAGCCCCCCUCCACGGGCGCGGGGACCCGGCGGGGCUGA